AUGUUGGUCCAGCCAAUCCUAUGGUUCCAACCAUUCACUCCACCAAUUCUCGUUGAUCAUUCCAGCUAUCUAAACGAAUUUCGAGUGGAAGCAUGUCCUUUAUUCAAACAACAUCAGUGUCAGCAACAUCGCCCAUUCACCUGUUUCAAGUGGCAUUUUGCAAAUCAGAGGCGAAGAAGGCCAGUAAAGAGAAGCGAUGGCUCAUUCAAUUAUUCUCCCGACAUUUACUGUGAUAAAUAUGAUGAGAACACUGGCAUCUGUCCAGACGGGGACGACUGUAUAUUUCUUCAUAGGGUAUCUGGAGAUGUAGAAAGAAAAUACCAUCUACGCUACUACAAGACCGCUCAAUGUGUGCAUCCGACUGACUCGCGGGGGCAGUGUGUCAAGAAUGGUGCCCAUUGCGCGUUCGCUCACACAGCGAAUGACAUUCGUCCGCCAAUGGUAGCCAAGCAUUCCCCUAACAAAACCAGUUAUCUUUCGGUUAUUCAGUUCGACCAACACGAAGUCGGAUUUGCGACGGUCGUCGACGGCGAGACCCGAGAUAAGACUAGCUUUGUGAUCGAAGAUCCACAAUGGCACUCACAAGAUCACGUACUAUCAUGCUACAAAACAGAGCAGUGCCGAAAACCAGCGCGGCUCUGCAGACAAGGAUACGCAUGUCCAUUCUACCACAACUCAAAGGAUCGCCGACGCCCACCAGCAUUGUACAAGUACAGAUCGACGCCGUGCCCAGCUGCAAAAACAAUCGAUGAGUGGCUGGAUCCCGACAUUUGUGAGGCAGGGGAUAGCUGUCAAUAUUGUCAUACACGCACCGAACAACAAUUCCAUCCAGAAAUCUACAAAUCCACAAAGUGCAAUGACAUGUUGGAGCAUGGGUACUGUCCCCGCGCGGUCUUCUGCGCAUUUGCUCACCACGACUCUGAACUUCACGCUCAACGCAAUCCAUACGUUGGAAGCACCCAACCAAGUCCAAAAGAGCAGUGCAGUCCAUCUCCUAAUGGAUUCAGCAUCCCAACUGAGCAAAUGCGUUUCGAGUCACCAACCAACAACGCUCCAAGCUAUUCGUCAGUUCUUAAAACUAGAGUUCCUGUCAAACAAGGAUACGCAACAACAGAUUCCAUUUCGAGCAGCUAUCCAAAGGCACCAGGAUUUGAGCGUUCUCCAAUAGCUGGAAGUUUUGAGUUUCAACCGCUUGGCAGAGGAGAUCAACGUCUUCGCACUCAUUCUCUCAAUAUGGGACACCUGGAUAUGCUGAAGAGAACCAUGAUCAUCAGCGGAGGACUUCAAUCUCUCGACUCUGGAAACCCAGCCUUGACUUCUCAUUCUUCGCUCUGCCGCUCUGACAGUGGAUUCAAUGUUGUCACUGAUAGCUCUUUGCCAACUUUGGAUGAGUUGAGUCUAGAUCUUCCACGAAUCGAUGAGACUGGAAAUCAGUUCAACCUUUUCAAUGAUGUUUUGUCUUCAGUCCGCAACGCUUCUUUGGAUCCAUACGGAAACGCUGGAUUCUUCGGACAACCGGAGACAGGACCACAAGACAUUUUCGGUGGCUCAUUUGAACCUCAAAUGUUCGGCCAAGAAUACCAACAACAAGAUGGAUACGGCGACUAUGUUAAACCAAUGAAAGGCGAUGACUUUGGAAGUUUGAGCGAGAAGUGUCAAUAUCUGGAGGAUUCAUUGAAGCAAUCUCGUCAAAGUGAACAAAUGUGGAGAAUGCGCUAUGAGGGAGAGUUCGUGGAGAAGAGUAGGUUGCUUCAAGAGCGUAACAACUUGUUGGGACAACUAGAGCAAAUGAAACAUCAAUUGCCGCAAUUCAUGCCACCAGUCCAAAUGAGCUCUCCAUUGUCAAUCAGCCUUCCACAAGACAACUACGACGGUGGCAUCCGUCCAUCGGCCAGUCUCCAACACAGUCCACCAUACAAUAUCUUUGGGAAUAGAUUCCAGAACGAUUGUGAUACCGGUGCUCCGGCUUGUGCGCGCUGCGGACGUGACCGUUCUCGAACAGGCGGAUUUGACUCUCAAAGCUCCUGUCCAGUGUGCUCCAACUAA